GAACGGCAUCGCGCGUACGGAUCGACUUAGAGCGCACUUUUCAAGAGCAGUGUGAUCCUUUAUACCGCAAUCAUCAUCGCCUAUUAUAAUUCAGUGUAUAUCGUCUCAAAUUUCUAUUGUUAGAGAGAUUGUAACGCAUGGCUGAAUUCGCCAGUUUCAGGCCAUGCUCAGGGAAAAUUCGAUGCUUAGAUUGCAAGUAUCAUGUUUUCCUUAGUUUUAGAGGACCUGACGUGAGAAAGUCUUUGGUAGAUCACCUCUUCCGAGCUCUCGCAUCAGUUGGAAUUCACGCUUUCCUUGAUAAUGAAAGACUUGAGAAAGGCGAAAUUAUUGGAUUGAGCUUGGAAAAGGCGAUCCAGAAUAGUGACAUUCUCAUUCCCAUUUUUUCGAUUGGUUAUGCAGACUCUUCUUGGUGUUUGGAAGAGGUGAGGCAAAUGUGGAAGUGCAGAUCUAGAGGACUAAUUAUCCCUCUCUUUUAUGAUGUCAAUCCCUCUGAUGUCCGUUAUCCUCUCAACGAUAAAGGCAAAUAUGCAGAGGCGUUCAAGAAACAUUACAGUAAAGCUAAUCUUCCAGGUAGAUUUGAGUCACAAAUAAUUGACGAAUGGAAGGAUGCUCUUCAGUACGUCUCCUCCUUAUCUGGAUGGUCUGUUCACAUGUUCGGAGGAAAUGUUGUUGGACUUGAGCAUCAUGUGUGGAAGAUGAAGGAGUUGUUAGCUCUACAUCUCAUUGACAGAACAAUUCGAGUGUGCAUUUGGGGGAUCGGGGGCAUUGGUAAGACCACUUUAUCCACUGCUAUUUUCAAUGAAUUCUCCUGCAACUUCCAAGCUUCUUGUUUUCUAUCAGACAUUAGGGCUGCUCAGGACCAUGGUAAUAUCGUAGGAUUACAAACACAAAUGUUGAAGGAUUUGUCAAAACUUGAUAUCAAAGUAAAUGACACUGACCAUGGCAAAUCCCUUCUGCAAUUUCACCUGCGAUCCAUACGUUCUCUUGUCAUCUUAGAUAAUGUUGACCACAGGAGGCAACUGGAGUGCUUUAAGUUAGAUUGCUGUGGAGCUGGAAGCAGAAUAAUUAUAACCACUCGUGACUGUGGUAGCCUAAAUAUAAGCAUUCCACCUGAAAACAUUUACGAAUUGCAAGGUCUUGAACAGGAUGAAGCUUUAGAGUUAUUCAGUUGGCACGCAUUUCACCAAGCACAGCCAGAUGUCUCCUUCCGAAACCUAUCGACAAAGAUCGUCAAGGCUUCUGGUGGGGUUCCACUUACAUUAGAGGUUUUGGGUUCAUUUUUAAUCAAAAGAAAGUCCAGUGAUAAAUACUGGGUAGAAGCACUUAGAAAGCUCAAGAAUCUCAGUUAUCAAGAGAUUUUUGAACCCUUGAAGAUCAGUUAUGACUCUCUUCUUGCAUCGGAGAAAGAGAUAUUCUUAGACAUUGCCUGCUAUUUUGUUGACCAAGAUACGGAAGAGCCAAUUAUCUUCUGGGAAGAAUUGGGAUUAGAUGUAGACACAGCCCUGCACAAUCUUCAGCAGAAAUUGCUUAUAAAGAUUGGCGAUGACAAUCGGUUCAGAAUGCAUGAUCUUUUACGAGAUUUAGGGAGAGCAAUAGUGGCAGAUGAAUCUCCUGGAAAUCCCGGCGAGCGAAGCAGGUUGUGGAAGCAAAAGGAUGUGCAUAAAGUAAUUACUGAGAAACGGGGUACACAGAAUGUUAAAUAUCUCCUUCACGUACAAGAGAGUGAAGGAACCAUAUUGAAAAAGAGAUGUUUGGCUUCAAUGAACGGUCUCCGGUACCUAUGUUUCAAUGAUACCAUAUUAAUGGAAGGUGAUACAAGUAAAUUAUCACCAGAUUUGAAAUGGUUUAAAUGGAAGAGGUGUUCACUGGAUGUCCUGCCGUCGCAAUGGAACCUUGAGCAUCUAGCUAUUCUUGAUUUGAGUUCAAGAAGCAUUUCCCAUGGCAGUGGCUUACAAUUCUCUCUAAAGCAGUUGUGGACGGAACAAUCACAUCGGAAGAUGCCCAAAAAUCUCAAAGUUCUUCGGGUGAAUUGGUGUCCAAAUUUACAGAGGCUUCCUACUUUCUCUAAUCUGAAAUAUUUAGUAAGGUUAGAUUUGACAGGGUGCUCCCUGAUCACCGAACUACCAGAUUCCCUUGGUUUGCAGGCACAGCUCUACCACUUGGAACUCUCAUUUUGUUCUAGAUUAGAGAAACUACCAGAUUGCAUAGGUAACCUCUUGGAAUUGAAGCAUUUAGGCUUGGCAGAAUGCUCUUCUUUAAAGGCUUUACCUUAUUCCAUAGGUUGUCUGCAAAAACUCGAGUAUUUGAACCUCAUUCGGUGCGAAAAACUGGAACAACUUCCGACUUGUAUCACUAAGUUGUCUUGUUUGCAAAAAUUAAUUCUUUCUUACUGCUCAAAUCUUAGAAGGCUUCCAGAAAUCCUUGAAGGUCUCAAGUCUCUCAAAACAUUUGAACUUAGAGAUGCCUUCGAAAUAGGUGAUUUGCCUCGUACUAUUGGCAGCCUCUCACGGCUGGAGAAACUGGAUCUAGAGUCUUGUCUGAUUGUUACUUUACCUGAAUCAGUUUGUCAUCUCAAACACUUGCGCAGCCUCAAUAUGAACCACUGUGAAUUUUUAUGUGUUUUACCAGAUGAAAUUGGUAGACUUGAGUCUUUGGAGGAGUUACUACUCAACAAAUGUGACAACUUGACGACACUGCCUUCAAGCUUUUCCAAACUUGAAUCUUUGGUGAGAUUCGAGGCAGGAUAUUGUGAUUUAAAGUUCAUGCCAGAGAAUUUCGGAGAAUUGUCAUCCUUGAAAAUUCUCCAUUUGGAAUAUAAUAAGUUUUCCACAUUGCCUUUAAGUUGUGCUGUGCUCUCCCAAUUAACUGAAUUAGUCCUCCGUGGAUGUACGGAUCUUACUGAGUUACCAAUUCUUCCUGAAGGUCUGAUUACGCUGGAUAUUGAGGAUUGCAUAAAACUGAAAACGUUGGCGGAGAUGGCACAUUUGUGUAAAAUGCAAUUGCUAAUAAUUACAAGAUGUUCUAAUUCUGUUCAGAGCAACAUCUUGUGGGAAGUGAGAGCGCUGACAGCCUUGGAAAUAAGAUAUGGUCAUGGGAACGGUGAAACAGUACGGCUUACUGGAGAGCGUUCAUGGAAUGAUCAUUUCCGGGCGGAGUUUGAGGUAAUGUUCCGGGUAGUAGAUUUGAAAAGACUCCUGCACAGUUUACAAGAAGUCUCUGAAGGUUUGAUACAAAAGGUGAAAGGAUUAAAAGCUGAUAACCAGGAAGAUUUUAAAGAAGAAGCGGAAAGUUUGGAAGGACAAAUAGCUUUCAACGAUUUCGGGAUUUUCUAUGAUGAAAACUUGAAUUCAUUCCUCAAGGAUUUUAAGCUAUUCCUGCUUAACGUUGAAAAGUGCGUUGAAGAAAACGUUGUAGAAUCGGGAGAACAGAUUGAAAACCCGGAAAGGUGGAAGAGACAACUGAAAUCAUGGAAAACUGAACUGGAACAAUGGAUAAAAGGCAUGAAGUUAUACUGCUGCCUGAGGUGGUACAGAGAAAAGCUGGAAAUGGAGAUCAUAUACCAGGAAAUGGAGAACGGACACUGUAAGGAAAAACAACCUACAAUACCGGAAAUAAUUGCAAAAAUACCUAGUCGUCUAUCCAGCAUUCUGGAUGCAGAUUAUGCGGAAUUUGGAAUAGUCAACAAAUAGGGUCAAAUGUGCACUCUGUUAAGGAUUUGAAUUAGUCAAUAAAUACGGUCAAUUAAGUCACAUUUCAUGGGUAAUUAAAGGUUAUGAAUUAGUUUGUUUAUAUUUCAAUUUAUAAUUCAUGUGUGCUAUGUUAUUUUACUAAUUGGAUACUAAUGCACUUGUGGUGGCAUAUGUUGUAA